AUGACACAUCAGGAUUCAUAUCACUUGGUUCAGCAAACAUUCAAUGUGUCGAUGAAUCACAUCGUGCAGCAGUUUUCCAAAAAGCCAGAAUGCUUUCGUUAUCAAGUCGUAAAUGCCCCCACAGACACCAUGAUUUCAGCUCUUUGCCGGAAAGGCCGAGUGCCGGUAGUGGCUCAUGUUCCUGGAUCGUCCAUUACUUUUCGAGAGUUUCGGAAGUCUUUAGGAAUAUCAUCACGAAGCAACAUGCAAUUCUUCUUCAAGUGCGCGUGUGAGGAUGGUUCAGCUCCAUAUCAGCUGUUGCUUGUCAAUGAUGAUUCGGCAGUUCUACCAAUCUAUGAUGGUAAAGUGACUGCAGAAUGUAAAACUCUCUCAGAUUCUGAUUGA